UAGCUAUCAAAAGCCUUAGCGAUUGAUACGGUCAAGUUGUGUAUCGAUAUGGGGCUGCUGCAGAGUUGUUUUGCGAAAAAUAACAAGGUGGGAGUGAUGAAGGAGGAGGCGGAGGUGUACGAGAAGGUGCGCCGUGCAAUGGUCACUGAGGACGUGACGGAGAAGAAGGGUGGGCUGGCCUUCGGUCUGACGUUUGUCUCCGAGGAGGAGCCAAAGAUGCCACCACGCAGAUUGACAGAGCUCAAAAAAGAGGAUUUUGAAAAAUGGAGGGACGAUCAGGAAAAGGUCCAGUCCCAAAAGCAGAAGCUGGCUCAGCAGAGAAGGGAAGAGGCCCUCAUCCAGAAGAAGAUCGAAGUCGCCCAUAAAGAGAUGGAGAGGCUGGAGAAAUAUGUCAAUCUCAGCGUCCAAUAACUGUCUUAUUACAAUUUACUUGUAAUAAACAACCUUGAU